GAGAACAAUGAUAGAAUUUCAGAUUUUAAAACUUAAGCAUACAAGCCAGUACUUGUUUAAUGUUUUGUACUGAAAGGGGCACGUUAUGUAUGUCAUUCUCCAGUACAGUGACAUGUACACACAUGCACACCUACUGCACACAUGCACGAGACUGCACUCAGACACUCUACCUGCUGCACUCGCACACAUCAUAUGCGUGCACACACCAAACUCCACACAGGCAUUUUGUACACACACACACACACACACACACACACACACACUACAUUGCACACACGCACACACUGCACUCACUCUGCACACACACACACCUCUUAGGGAACCUGCUUGUGGAGCUUCUCCAGUACAGAGAAAUGCUGGCUUGGGUUUAAAGCCAGGCCGAGAUGCAGCUACUGCUGCUCGCGCUUCUGCUGCUGCCCCAGGCGCCCGGGUCCUCGGAAAACCUGAUGUUUGGCACCGAGGCGCUAGAACACUCAAGAAAUCAUGUCCAACACCUCUCCAGCUCCUUAGGCCUCGGCUAGUGUCGGCGUUGGUUCUCCAGGCUCCCAGGGUGAGGCGGCAGAGUGACACCUGGAGCUCCUGGGGCAGCUGGAGCCCUUGCAGCCGGACCUGUGGAGGGGGCGUCAGCUUCCGGGAGCGCCCUUGCUACUCCCAGAGGAGAGAUGGGGGCUCCGGCUGCGUGGGCCCCUCCCGGAGCCACCGCUCUUGCCGCACCGAGAGCUGUCCCGACGGGGCCCGCGACUUCAGGGCGGAGCAGUGCGCCGAGUUCGACGGCCAGGAGUUCCAGGGGCGGCGGUACAAGUGGCUGCCGUACUACGGCGCCCCAAACAAAUGUGAACUGAACUGCAUUCCCAAGGGGGAGAGCUUCUACUACAAGCACAGGGAGGCCGUCAUAGACGGGACACCCUGCGAGCCUGGCAAACGGGACAUCUGCGUGGAUGGCAGCUGCCGGGUUGUCGGCUGUGACUACAACCUGGACUCGUCGAAGCAGGAGGACAAGUGUCUGCAGUGUGGUGGUGAUGGCACGACCUGCUACCCCGUCACAGGCGUCUUUGAUGCCAAUGACCUCAGCAGAGGCUACAACCAGAUCCUCAUAGUUCCCGUGGGGGCCACCAGCAUCCACAUUGAGGAGGCGGCCGCCAGCAGGAAUUUCCUGGCGGUGAAGAGCGUCUGUGGUGAAUACUACCUCAACGGGCACUGGACCAUCGAGGGCGCCCGGGCCCUACCUGUGGCCAGCACCGUCCUGCACUAUGAGCGGGGAGCUGAGGGGGACCUGGCGCCCGAGCGGCUCCACGCCCGCGGCCCCACCUCGGAGCCCCUGAUCAUCGAGCUCAUCAGCCAGGAGCCCAACCCUGGCGUGCACUUCGAGUACCACCUGCCCCUGAGCACCCCCCGGCCCGGCUUCAGCUGGAGCCACGGCUCGUGGGGCGACUGCAGCGCCACGUGUGGUGGAGGUCAGCAGACCCGCCCAGUGUUCUGCAUCAUCGACAAUGAGGUCUACCCCGAACACCUGUGCCGGCACCAGCCGCGGCCGGCUGACCGCCGCCCCUGCAGCCCUCAGCCCUGCCCACACACCAAGCGGUCCUUGGGCCCCACAGCCAGGAAGGGCCACUCCCCACUUGGCUGGAAGACGGGGCCCUGGACUCCCUGCUCGGCCUCCUGUGAGGGCGGCUCCCAGUCCCGCACUGUCUACUGUGUCUCAUCUGAUGGCGCCGGCGUCCAGGAGGCUGCUGAGGACACCGAGUGUGCGGCCCUGCCUGAGAAGCCCCCUACCACGCAGGCCUGCAACCUGCAGCGCUGCACAGCCUGGAGCGCGGAGCCCUGGGGCGAGUGCUCUGUCAGCUGUGGCGCCGGGGUCCGGAGGCGGACUGUCACCUGCCGGGGUGACGAGGGGUCUCUGCUCCACGCCACAGCGUGCUCCUUGGAGGACCGUCCUCCCCUCACUGAGCCCUGUGUGCAUGACAGCUGUCCCCCGCUCAGUGACCAGGCCUGGCACGUAGGCGCCUGGGGUCUAUGCUCCACGAGCUGCAGCUCGGGCACUCGGAGGCGCCAGGUGGGCUGCGCCAUUGGCCCGCCCGGCCUCUGUGGGAGCCUGCAGCCCUCCAGGCCUGCGGAUGUGGAGCCCUGUAACACGCAGCCCUGCCAUCUUCCUCCAGAAGUCCCCAGCAUGCAGGACAUGCACACCAGCCCCAGGGACCCGUGGAUGUCUCUGGGCCCACGGGAGGCCCCCACCUCAGAUUUCAGAGACCAGUGGUGGGCACCCCAGGAGCAACCCUCAGCUCGGGGUAACCCCAGAGGCGACCAGAGCCCACACCUGCCAGCCCCGGGCCCAGCCCCAUCUCUGCGGCAUUCCUCACACCGGCAGCCCCUGCGGUCUGGCUUGGGGCCCCGUGACUGCAGACACAGCCCCCAUGGGUGCUGCCCCGAUGGCCACACUGCGUCUCUUGGGCCACAGUGGCAAGGCUGCCCGGGGGCCUCAUGUCAGCAGAGCAGGUUCGGGUGCUGUCCUGACGGGGUGUCUGUGGCCGAGGGGCCCCAUCAGGCUGGCUGUGCGAGCUCUUAUGGACGCAGCAACACCGGGAGCAGGCCACAGUCGAGAGAGGUGGCUUCCACGGCCCAGCAGAAUGAGCCCAGUGAGUGCCGGGUCUCCCAGUUCGGCUGUUGCUACGACAACAUGGCCUCUGCGGUGGGCCCUCUUGGGGAAGGCUGUGUGGGCCAGCCCAGCUACAUGUACCCUGUGCGGUGCCUACUGCCCAGCGCCCAUGGCUCCUGCACGGACUGGGCCGCCCGCUGGUACUUCAUCGCCUCCGUGGGCCAGUGUAACCGUUUCUGGUAUGGUGGCUGCCACGGCAACGCCAAUAACUUUGCCUCAGAGGAGGAGUGUGUGAGCAGCUGCCGGGGACCCCAACAUGGGCCCCGCCGACAAGACCCCGGGGCCUCUGGCCAAAGCACCCAUAGAGACAGUGGCGGCAGCGGUCCUGGGGACCAGCAGGAGGCCAGCCGGCACGGGACGGGGCCUGUUGUCCAGAGAAAGCCCUUGCCUUCCGGUGGCCUCUGGAGGCAAGAUCAAGAGCCUGGGCCGGGGGCCGUGGACCACAGACAGGCCUUUGGAGAAGGGCCGCAGGGCCAGGACCUUGGGCCCAGUGCUGCUGGACUGGGCGGAGACGCAGGACCACCAGUGCCACCUUCCCACAGCUCCUCCUACAGGAUCACCCUGGCAGGCUCGGAGCUCUCCCUGGUACAGGUGGCCCUGGGGCAGCUGGUGCGGCUCUUCUGCCCAGAUGACAGCUCCCUGGACCCCCACGCCAGGUGGCAGAAAGACGGGCGGCCUAUCUCCUCUGCCAGGCACCAGCUGCAGCCCGAUGGCUCCCUGGUCAUCAGCCCCCUGCGGGCAGAGGACACUGGCACCUACAGCUGUGGCAGCACCAGGCCAGACCGUGGCUCUCAGAAGAUCCAGCUUCGCAUCACAGGGGGUGACGUGGCCGUGAUUCCUGAGGCUGAACCAAGGCACUUCCCUCAGGCCAGGGACCCAGCCCAGGGCCACAGUCCUCGGGACCCCAGCCUAGGGGGCGGUUCUGGGGGCCGGGGGGCCGUCUCCUCCUCACACCCAUGGCCCACGAGCAGGCUGCGUCUGGACCGGCACCAGCCUGGGGUGGUGGACGCCCAUCCAGGCCAGCAGAUCCGGCUGACCUGUCGUGCUGAGGGCUUCCCACCCACAAGCGUCGAGUGGCAGAGAGAUGGGCAGCCCCUCUCUUCUCCCAGACACCAGCUGCAGUCCGACGGCUCCCUGGUCAUCAGCCGCUUGGCUGUGGAAGAUGGAGGCGUCUAUACCUGUGUUGCAGUCAACGGGCAGGACCGAGACCAGCGCUGGGUCCAGCUCAGAGUUCUGGGGGAGCUGACAAUCACAGGGCUGCCCUCUACGGUGAUGGUGCCAGAAGGUGACACGGCCAGGCUGCUGUGUGCGGUGGCGGGCGAAAGCGUGAACAUCAGAUGGUCCAGGAAUGGGCUGCCGGUGCGGGCCGAUGGCCACCGUGUCCACCAGUCCCCGGAUGGCACACUGCUGAUCCACAACCUGCAGGCCAGGGACGAGGGCUCCUACACAUGCAGCGCCUACCGUGGAAGCCAGGCAGUCAGCCGCAGCACCGAGGUGAAGGUGGUCCCGCCGGCACUGGCCACCGUGCCGAGGGACCCUGGCAGGGAGUGCAUCGACCAGCCGGAGCUGGCCAACUGUGAUUUGAUCCUGCAGGCCCGGCUCUGCGGCAAUGAGUACUACUCCAGCUUCUGCUGUGCCAGCUGUUCCCGGGUCUAGCCUCCUGCUCAGCCCAUCUGGCAGCAGGGAUACAACUCACAGGGCUGGGAGAAGGGAAGACAGGCUCUCGGUCUCCCCUGUCUGGCUGGCAAAGGGAGUUCUCCUCCGGAGACACUGGCCUCUUCAAAGCUGCUCCGGCAGUUGAGCACCAGCGGCAGCCUCCCUCUGUAGUCCCAGCAGUGUUUGCUUCUCUGACGUACCACAAGCGCCUAUCUGGAUAAGGACAUCCUUCACUUUACAACAACUUCCCUCUAAAAUUUGUUACACAGGAUCAGUUCACUGUGUUUUAAAGAAAGCCACCAGGGUUCUCACUUCAUUUAAAGCUGUGUGGGGAGGUGUGUAAUGAUCUCAAAGUUAAUACCUAUCUUCUACGGGAACACUAACUCCUGUUGUGUCAGGGAAGCAUACUUUGAUAGAACUAGGUCUCAUCUGGGGUCCAAACAAACAGCGGUUCAUUGCUCUAGCCUCUCUCGCCCUUCUAGGUAGUAUAGCAACCAGCUUCAAAUCCCAUCUGUGCAUAUGGUCAUUAAUAGCAUGAUGUUUGUGAAAACUGUCGACGAAGUGGAAUAUAAAUGAAAGGCCCAGUAUAGGGAUUUGGGAUGAAAGAGCAGCCACUGCAUCAUUAUCUGAGUAUGAAAGAACUAGAAAAGCUCCUUCCUUUCAUCAAGAGGCUGGAUGGAGCCUUCCUCCCGAGGCAGACAUGCAAAGCCAAGCCGUGAGGAUCGUCUCACACCUGCAGGGAGCAGGUGGGCCUGUUCGGUGCAGUGACCACCAAGGAGCCUCUCUUCCUCAAGCCAGUAUGUCUGAUGCAAAAUACUUGCUGCCAGAUAAAAAGCAGACUGUUGGGCUUCCCUGGUGGAGCAGUGGUUAAGGAUCUGCCUGCCAAUGCAGGGGACGCAGGUCUGAGCCCUGGUCCAGGAAGAUCCCACAUGCUGCAGAGCAACUAAGCCCGCGAGCCACAACUACUGAAGCCCGUGUGCCUAGAGCCCGUGCUCCGCGACAAGAGAAGCCACCGCAAUGAGAAGCCCACGCACCGUAACAGAGAGUAGCCCCUGCUCGCUGCAACUAGAGAAAGCCUGUGUUGCAGCAACAAAGAUCCAACUCAGCCAAAAAUAAAUAAGUAAAUAAAACAAAAACACUAUUAUAAAAAACAGCACCAGCAGGAUGGGGGGGAACCAAUGGAGUGGAGGGCAAUGUAAUACAGGGAAGUGGUUUCAGAAAUGGUUUGAGUUGGAAGAGGUCAUUCUUCCUCUCUUGGAGCCUCUUAAUUCCUUGCUGCUAAAUCAAGAGGCCUGGUUUCAGUGAGUUUCCGAGUUUCUUUCCACUUUAACCUUCUACACAUCCUCCAGAGGACUGGCUGGGCCUAGUAACAGAGGUUAUUCUGGGACACAAGAAAGACAGGCAUUACAGGGAAAGGUGACUUUUUUAUUACCAACACACUGGCUGGAAAAGACAAACAGCUGCAUCAUGGGUGAGUGAUACUUCUUCUUGGUCUACCUCUCAUUCAACAAAAGAAAUGUGGUGGCACAGGUCUUUUUUUCAUUUUUAAAAAAAUAUUGAGGUGCAUCCCUUUCCCUAACCAUGGCUGGUUUUGCUGUAGAAAUUGGAAAAUAAGGGCUACCUUCUUGGACUCCCCCGUUCUUUAGUUAAACUAGUAUUUGGCAAAUUUGUGACACACUUCAGAAGGUAAGUUUGAGGUAGGUUAGUUCUUGGAACUAGUCACAGAGUAGUGGGGUAAGGUUAGAGGUGAGAGUAAAACUCAAUCUAGACCGGUGGUUCUCAACCUUCUUCCAUACUGGGAGCUUUUUAAAAAACUGAACCUGGGGUUCUACUCUCCAGAGAUUUUGAUUUAAUUGGUCUGGAGUAUGGGCCAGGCAUGAGGAUUUUAAAAUCUCCCAGAUGAUUCUAAUACGUAUUCAAAGUUGGAAAUCACUGCUCCAGCCCAACUUCUCAGAAUGUGAAUCUCGUCACAAUGCAGAUCCUGACUAGGUCUGGGGUCGGCUGAGGUUCUGUAUCUCUAACCAGCUGCCAGGUUGAAGUCUGCACUUUGAGCAAGAAGAAUCUGACAUCAGAGAUGCGCUUAGGAACAACCAAAGCCUAAAGUGUGGAUACAAAUAUGAAUUUUAAGAAUAUACUAGUCCCAGUGAAAGAUUUUCUAGCCAUCAACCUAGAAAUCUGUGGCGGCAGUAGAAUGGAGAGAGGACAAGACCAAAAAGAACCAAAACUCACUUGCUAAUAAAGGGGAAAGAAUAGCCCUUCAUGGCCAAAAGCUUCUACCACGAACAUUUAUUUCUGUUAAAGCAGAUUAUAAAUUCUCAUCAGUACAAAUAUAUAUAACUUACAUUUGAUUGUAAGGCCGACGUUCAAAAGUAAAAAUGAGAUGGGAUCUCACGUUGUCACCAGAGGUCAAGUGGCUGCAACUGGCAAAUGGGAUGUUCUGCUCACUGGGAGGGAGAGGGAUGGACACACACACCCCCACAUGCACACGCACAAGCAGUGCUAAUAAAACUAGAACCUCCAUCCCCACAAAACUCAUGGGAACAAAACUUACUUAAAGCAAAACCCACCAAGACCUACAUGACAAACCAACACAGUAACCUGUGUUCCUGUCUAUGGAUAUGAUUAUGUCAUUGUCACCUUAGUGUUAAAACAAAGUAAAGGAUUAACAUAAGGAAACUGCAGCAAUAUAUAGAAGAAAAUACAUAUUCUCUAUUUAGAUUGAUUCCAUUAAAAUAAUGACAUUAGAAUUUCUUUAUAGGUUUAAAACCAGGACAAUACUGCUCACUCUUUAUUUAAAACUACAACCUAGUUGACUAUAUUGGUCAUAAGCAUGAUUGUUGUUGCAAUGUGCUACUUACAGUAAAUGAUACCAAGUAAGCUAGGGAUCCCGUCUGCAACUUCCAACCCUUCCUCUUUUUACUUCAAUAGGCAUAAUGAUAAAUCAAUCUUAUGUACAAUUUCUUACAGCUAACCCUUUACCUUUGGCAAGAUUACUUACAACUCAUACAACUUUUUAAUAGUGAGAACUAUUUAAAAUAUUCUAAAUGCAUAAAAAUAAAGAUUUUGGCUUUUUGAUAUAUAUUUAUAAUAUUUAUUCUUACUCAAAAUGGAAGCUCAACUUUACCCCUAAAAUAUAGCUCUGCUGGGCGGCUCCUGAUGUGCCCUCCUGGGAAUUCUGGCAGCACAGCCUGCCUCUUGUCCCCAGCCCAAGCACAGGCCACCUUGUUUUUGAUCUUUAAGACAGGCCAGUACUGAGAGAGGAGGCAGGUGAAUGGCCUGAAAAACAAAGGGAGAUCGUUUUGCUUCCCGUUGUGUUUUAUAUUCCAGUAAAUGUGCUUUGAAUACAGGUUCCUGUUCAGAUACUUCUGCCUCUCUGUUGCCAGAGAUUUGUGAGGGCCUGAGGGAGGAAGAGGGGGGCAGAGGGUAACAUUUCCUUAAAUUCUUUAGUCUAACUGCAAGACAGCUCUUCUCUAGGAAUGGUUUUCUCCACUUUUUUCAAUCACCCCUUCAGCACUCUAUGCCUGGACAUGCUCCUGGGGACCUUUGGGAUUAGUGAAAAGCGUACUGGUUGGGAACACAAAGUCCCCUUAGCUCCUUUGACCUCCACCCUCCGCCCUUGCCUAAGUACAGACAAAAUACGUAAACCAUAAGGACUGCUUAAAGUUCAAUUUCAAAAGUCUUCUGUAAGUCACUGGAGAAAGGGUUGGUGGGGGAGGGGUUAGUACGCUGCUUGGACUUGCUUUCUAAUGCGGCCCACUGGGCUUCGAAAUGAUCCACUGGGCAGGUGCCUGCAGGAACCUCUGUGUGCUUGUCUCCUGAGGCCAACCUGCCAUCGUCUACACCAUUGAAAGCUGCAGAACCGUUGAGGUGCUGAGCAGGAGGCUUAAAGAAGGGACUGGCAGUAGCACUGCUUGUCUCGUACUGAGGGAAUGUCUGCUGCUUGAUCAGGUUGGGAGACUGAUGGGGUUGGGCAGCCUGAGGGUGGCCUGCAGUGCCAAACACGUUGGCAACCAUCUGGGAGGGAGUGAUGCCCACCACAGGCACAUUAGGGGCUGGAUAGGUCAUCCCGUUAGCCACAGGAUAGGACUGGGCAGGGACAAAGGCUGGCUGCAGGGGUGGGACCACACCCACUGGCACAGGCUGAGAGGUGAGGAAUGCAUUUCCUUGGAAAGGUGGCGCUGGCUGGGAGAUGGCACUGGGUGGAGGAGGUUGGAGAACUGGCUGCAGAGGGGCAGCUGAGGCCUGGGGCUGCUGAGCCCGGACGCACUUGGACACCUCUUCCAACCAGCGGUCAGCCUCAGAGGGAGUGCGUCUGUGACCAGCCUGGAAGAGACCUGGAGAGACAGCACCAGAAGAUUGACCCCACUCGGUCCCUGGAACCAACAAGAGGAAGAGAGGAGAGAAUCAGAAUUAUUAGGGGCUUCUUUCUUCACUGGAUAAUCUUGGCUAUUUGAAUGAGCCUAACGUAGAACAAGCCCCCCAGUGGGAUAUUCUGUGGUUUUGGUAGAUGGGAGGAAAGUCUCUAUUACCAGGUUUUGUGGUAGGACAGGGAGAACCCAUGAGACCAUGUGGCUACCUCAGCCACACUGAGGAGCUGCUAGAUAUGGCUCAACUGCAUCGAACCAAGGCUGCUGGCUGGCAUCAGAACCCGUCCCCACCGUUGCUGUGGCCUGCACAUACUCUAAAGGGCCUGAGGUAAUUUACCUUCUGCUCUAACAGAAUGAAAAGAAAAUAACCAGCGACUUGGUGCCGUACUUUGUGGCCCCUUCCUGGCUUCCAGACAUAUGUUGUCUUCCUGGUGAACUGCCUUUAAUGUUAUUAAGUUUUUUUAAAAUGUUCAUUACAGAAAAACUAGAAAAUAUAGAAAAGCAAAUCCAAGGUGCUUUUUGCAGCCUUUUUUGUAGGCCUGCCAUUGUAAGAGGCAGAGUCGUCUCUUCCUGCAGGCAUGGCCACGGAUCUGCAUCCAGGGACAGGCUCUCUGGAGGUGGGGCCCAGGAAUCUGGGUAUUAUGCAGCUCUAUGGGUGGUUCUAUGGUCCUAAGAACUAUCAACCUAACCUCUUUAGUUCCUCUCUGAAGGAACCAUCCUUUCUUUUUGUCUUUUUUUAACUGGAGUACUGUUGCUUUACAGUGCUGUGUCAUUUUCUGCUGUACAGCAAAGUGAAUCAGCCAUACGUAUACAUAUAUCCCCUCUUUUUUGGAUUUCCUUCCCAUUUAGGUCACCACAGAGCACUGAGUAGAGUUCCCUGUGCUAUAUGGUAGGUUCUCAUUAGUUACCGACUUUAUACAUAGUAGUAAAUAUGUGUCAAUCCCUAUCUCCCCAUUCAUCCCCUUGCCCCCUUGGUAUCCAUAUGUUUGUUCUCUAUGUCUGUGACACCAUCCUUUCUUAGUAGUAGUUUAUUUCCAAGAGGGAUCAUACUUUUCCUAAAAGGACUCCUCCCUGGUUCCCACUCAGCUAAAUGGCUGAUUUUUGAACAAGGGUCACUUAUCUGAUCCCAGAAUCCUCACCAUCAUCUGUGGUCACCUUACCCGAAUGUGUGGCUGCAAUUCCCUUGUUAGCAGCAUCAGGGGCAUAGGCCCAAGGGUUGGUUUCACGCACAGGCAUUGCUACGGGUGCUAGAGCAGUAUGGGCUGGCUUAGCAGCAAGCACAUGGAAGGCUGAGUCAGUGCCAUUAGCUACAAUGGGAGCAGACAACACCAAUGUAGUUAAAUUCAUGCAAGGUGUACAGGUGGCCCCUUGGAGCUGGGUCAGUCAGGUCAAUGUGCAAUACUGGUGGAACACAUAAAACAGAAAAGUUGGUGUUGGGAUAACCAUGCCAUUUGCAAUGGAUACACAAACCUUUUGGCAAAGAGGGAAUUAGAGGAUGUAAUUAAAAUGGGUGUACUGAUAAAGCCGUAUGACUCUUUUAGGAAAAUACGUGUAUGGAGAGAGAGGAAAUGAAGACUAGAAAAACAAUUUCAAAUUAAGUUGAACAGAGCUGCUUUGUAUUUCAAGCAGGAAAAAGUCUAACUAUUCUAAGAUACAGCUUAGCCUUCGGCAUAUGAUAUAGAUAAAGUAUUUUCUUCUCCUACCACUAUUCCAAAAGAUCAAAUUAUGCCAACAAUAACAACAAUGGUUAAAUACAAUAAGUCCUUAUUAUGUGCUAGGCACUAUGCUAAUAGUACGUUAGUGUGCAUCAUCUUAAUUAAUUCUCUCAAAACCCCCAUAUUACAGAUGAGAAAAAUCAAACUUGGUAUAUGUUUUCAUAUGCUUAAUAAUUUUUUAAUUUGCUAUAGAAUUAAUUUCAUCUUUUUUAAAGGUUUUUUUCCCCUCAGUAAUGUUUGUAAUAUCUCAAGGCACCUACUGUUCUUUCCUGUCUCCCUUUAUUAAAAUCUCCUAACCCGUGCUCCUUUACUCCAGACAUCUAUUCCAUCCCUUUCUAUUCCUUAGCCUAGCUCUCUAUAUUUCAUAUGGAACAGACAAGCAGGCACCUUCUCCUGCCCUACACCAAUCAGUCCCUCUUUAAGACUCAGCGACUAUGCUUAUGGCAUUGGUAUGAUUUACCCAGGGCUUGCCUAAAAGACUAGCUUAUCCACACACUGAGAUUCCCUUAAAGGCAGGGAAAGGACUAUAUUCUAUUCAGUUUUGUAUACCCACUGCCCUGUAAAUAGGCACAGAGUAAGUAGACUGUAACAGGAAGUAUAUUCAGAAAGACCUGGGUUUAAAUCCUGGCUGUGUGAUUUGGGCAAUUUACUUAACCUCUGUGAGCCUCAUUUUCCUUAUCUGUGAUGCCUACCUCAAAGGGUUGUUGUGAGGAUUAAAUGAGAUGAAAAAAUGUAUGUCCUUACCAUGAUGUAUGUGGUAGACACUGUGCUAAGUGCCCAAUAAAUUGUGCCUAUUAUUAUUGGUAGUAUAAAUAUUUGUUAGAUGAAAUAAAAAGCCACUUGGUGCAUAUGACUA